UGCUUGUGCUAGUCAGAAGUCUUCUCCACAUCCUGCCCUUGUGUCAUAGCACUACCCAUACAGUUGCGCACUCAUUCCUUGUUUUGCCUCUUAUUCUACUGUCGUGCGUACCACAGCUGUGCGUCCACGUGAGCAUUCCGAGCGCUGUGCAUCACCUGUUGGGUUUAACCUCUGAAAUGAUAUGGAGAACGACAGCAGGACAGUCAGCUUCCAAAGACUGUCAUCUGUGGACAGCAUUGUCUCAGACGACUCCUGCGAGUACUACCAGACUGACAUCUAUGAGCAACUGCCCAGUUCACUGUCCAGGCGGAGGUGCCAACACAGGGAUCAGGCUCAGGAGGAUGAUGAUUAUGAGGAUUUUGAGUAUGUUUCACUUCUGAACAGAGAUUGGAGCUCCACACAACCACUGAGGACGCUGCCCUUGUCUCUGCAGGAAAAGAAGGAAAUCAGGGAGAAAAGAAACCAAGAAAGACUCAGCAUCAGUCCCUGGAAAUCAUGGAGGCAGAGUCAGCAAAUUGCAAGGAAGCGACUGAGGGAGCAGCUGGAGAGGUUCUUCUCAGGAUUAUUGCCAUGGAAACGGACCCUCUAUAAAAUUGAAGGUGGAUUCGGCGUGGGGGUGAAGGCCUAUUUUGUGUUUCUGAGGUACCUCCUGUGCCUGAACCUUUUGAACUGUGUUAUCAUCGCUGGAUCUGUGCUUAUUCCUUCACUGACUGUGGAAAGUAAAAGCACACGCUGGGACUGGACAAUCUGCAAGAAUGAUUCCGUUUUAGACAUUUUCCUGGGCUCGGGCUGUCUGGAACGUUCCCCAAUCUUCUAUGAAUUCUACAAACCCCUAGGGUCUAAAUGUUCGAACACAUCUUUUCUCUUCUUCGCUGGCAUGGUCUCCAUCCUGGUCCUCAGUCUCAUCAUGAUAGUGCACAGAACGGUGGUGGGCUAUAAGCACACCUGGCUGACCGGGAACAGUUUCACUGUGAACAUGAGCAAAAAGAUCUUCUGUGGAUGGGACUUCUGUAUCCAGGAUGCUCGAGCAGCCUCACUCAAACACAGCUUCAUCAGAAAUGAACUCAAGAUGGACCUGGAGGAGCAGAGAUUUCGUCUGAAGGUCUCCCAGCGCACACUAAAGCAGUGGGUGAUCCUCUGCUUCCUGCGAGCUGCUCUCAACUUUUUGGUGCUGCUUCUUCUGGGCGGCUCCUUCGCCUUGAUCUACUUCGCCUCUAAAGCCUCUCAGAAGAAAAUUGAUAUCCACUGGACUCUGAACCUCUUCUGGGAGUACCUUCCCCCCAUCACUAUCACAUUAGUCAACUUACUGCUGCCACAGCUGUUCAACACCAUCUCCGUGUUUGAAGACUACUCUCUCACCACCCAGCUUAAUCUCACUUUAGUCCGGAGUAUCUUCCUAAAGCUUGCAAGUUUAGGCAUCUUCCUCUUCUUCCUCAUCAGAAAACCUAUUACAGAAGGCAAGUGUGACGAGACUGAGUUUGGGAAGGAAAUGUACAAACUCACUGUAUUUCACCUCUUGGCCUGUGUCUGCGGUGUUCUAGUGGCCUAUCCCAGAACUUUGCUAGUAGAGAAGUGUCCCUCCUCUAAGCUGGCAAAGAAGGUAGGCAAGCCAGAGUUUGUGAUCCCCUUAAACGUGUUGGACCUGGUCUACAGUCAGACAGUCAUUUGGGUGGGAGUCUUCUACUGCCCCCUUCUGCCAGCCAUCAGUAUUUUAAAGCUACUGGCUAUCUUCUACAUGAAGAAGUUCACUGUGGUACGGUGUUGCGUUCCGGCUCAGAGAAUGUUCCGGACCACCAGCUCUUCGGUUCUGUUUAAUUUCAUGCUCCUACUGGGCCUCAUCAUGUCUGCAGUGGCACUUGGGAUCAACAUCAAUAGGUUUGCGAGAGGUCAAUGCGGGCCGUUCAUUGGAGAAAAUUUUUUGUUUAAUGUGACCAGUGACUGCGUGGGGAUGCUUCCACCCCCUGCUCAGAACGCCAUACGUUACAUCACUUCUGAGGCCUUUGCAUUCGCUCUCAUAUUGGCUGAGGCUAUCAUCCUGACAUCCUUUGUCUCUCGGGGAACAGCCAAUCGCAAGGCCAUAGAAAGACUGAAGGACAUGCUAGUUAUGUAUAGUUCAGAUAAGCGUUUCCUGGUAAAGCACCACUCCACACUGGCCAAGAGACAGAAGAAGACCCAAAGGAACACAUAGGAGAUGGCUGAUUAUGUAUCCAACAUAUCAAGAGAGUUCUCAUAACUGUGUUUCUCUGAAACAUGGCUUACACUCAGAUGGAUACCCACAUAAAAUGCUAUUAGUAAAGUAGGUCUCAGAGCAGAUACUAGUAGAGUGGGGGAAAAGGUUGAGCCUCAGUAUUAGCCUCAGUAUCAGAUUCUACAAAGACAUUGUGUGUGUUUUUUUUUUUGGUUUUUUUUUGCAUUUUUGGUAAACCAUGCUGUAAAAGACAGGUGCUAUCAUAAAACAAUGAAUGUUAAUUAGCAGCUACUAGCUUCACUUCACUGUUAGCCACAUUAGCAUGUUUGGUAAAGCUAUUUCUUUAAAUGUUAGUUUAAAAAAAGUGGUAUUUUUCUAAAGUUUUUUAUUUAAAGUUAUGUAAUGUGUAAUGCUGUUGACUUCUAAUCUGCUGUAAAAGUAUAACUUUGUAUAAAGUCUUUCAAGCCAUCCUCAAUAAAUUCUGCUGGACA